AUGCAAAAUAAAAGGCUCCGCACACAUUAUACGCCGUACGAUCCAAAUGAUCCGUCUAACCCUGUGAUUUUCUCAUGGCACGGUGGAGCUCUCGAUCUCAGUUUGGCCAGUGAUAAAGACCCCGUUCAGUCCAUAAUUCGUGGAUUCAAAAAGAUGCUCGGUUUCUUCCGCACCUUCAGAGCAGUCGAGUUGAACGGGGUCCAUUACCUCAGUCCCGAAUGGAUCCGUGUUACGAGACUCAAGGAUUUCCCCCUUCUCAGGGAGCUCAGGAUUAUCCAUUGUUUUCCAUUUGUGUUAGAUGAAUUUGAUGUCACGACGGAGUACCAUCACAGCAUUCUUGACUUGUCAGUUGGCGAUGACACACAUUUCACCAUCGACUUCUAUCCAUAUGAUGCAAGGCUUGAAUCAGAUUGGAAUCAGAACGGAGAAUGUGCCUCCCGAAGCAAUUUCGAAAAGAUUUUCCCCUUUUUCCUGCGCAGCCACGCUUUCCUUCUGCGCAGAGGAUAUCUUCUAAAUACUGCGCUCACCGAGAUGAUCCUACCAUUUUCCAGCUUUUCCAACGCGCCCAAGGCCUUUCACUAUUUGGACGCAUGGGAUCACACAUCACGCCAAAAAUUGAUCUCCACAGCGAUAGAGGAAGGUGCGAGAGAAUUAGAAAAUCCCCAAAACACAUUCGCAAUGGGAGCAUCGACCCAAAACAAUCUGAUGUCGUCUAUUGAUCCAUAUGAUUCUGACUUUGACGGCGAAUCCGAUACAUCUGACGCAAUUGAAAUCGCAUUAUAUGACAACUGCUACUCGCAAACAGUCUCAAUCGUGGAUGGCAAGCCAGCCAAUCCAAAAAUACCAGGAAACCGACACCGUCUUUUCACGUGUGACAUGUGUGAAGGAAAAUUCAGGGGAUAUUGCUUCCGUAAAGUCCACAUACACGGAAACAAGAAGGACUUCAAGAAGCGUGGGGGUUGUGCGAGAGACGAAGUUUGGAGGUCCCAUUGGGCUUAG